AUGAAAUUGUCUUCCACAACAUUGUUAAUGCUAUCAUUAGCUCUUCCUUCAGCGCUCAGUAAUUCAGGACAUGCGGUGAUUAUUUCCCUAGAUGUUGAUGUUUUUAUAUAUCUUCAUACUAAUAAAAGCCAUUCAAAUUGGCUAAUGCCGAAUGACAGAUGUUACAAUUAUCAAUGUGUGCAAAUUGCCCGUGACAAUACAACUGCCGCAUGGCAACUAAUCGAAAUCUUUUUUUCACUACAUCCUUUACAAUGCAAAUGA